UAAUGGAAAAGGCAACGAUCCAGUAGCAGAGGUGAAACAGAAAUGGUGGGAUUUCAAAAGGAGGGAUUCUUAAAGAGCAGCACAUCUCAGGGGAGGGAUCAGCUGCCAGUCCAAGUGGCAGAUGUCACUGGGGAACAAGAUGGGGAGGUUCCUGGAUCCUCGGGGCAAGCCGGUCGUCACCGAGGGAGCUCGCCGUCCACGCCGGCCGAAGAACAGGAAUCUUCAGUGCCUGCCUCUGAUGAAGACUCACCAGCCAGGACCACAGAGAGCUGGCAGUGGCCGUUGUCCUCGUCUGAAACUCACAGCAACGUUGGGGAGGAUUUUGAGGGAUUUCAAACGCCAGCCCGGACUCCGGAGUGUGCCAUGGACAUACAGUCUCCUGGGGAUCAGUCACUCAGUAGGACUCCUCAGUUUGAAAGUGACUCUCCUGAGGAGGAGGGAAAUGAUGAAAUGAAUGAAGAGCACCGCGGUGUUGAGCCUGUCCCUAGGGAUCGGGGUUGGAGAGGGCAGCCCCAGCUAACAGAGGGAGAGAAGCUGUUGAUGGAAACCAACAGUAGGAUUGUGCAGCUGCUGGAAAAUAUCAAGAGGGAGCAUGCACAGUCCAUGGGUCUCAUGUCGCAGUCCAUGGGCCGUAUGGAGCUGCAGCUGGGCAUUGUGGCUACCUCCACAAGAGCCAUCCAUAACUACCUGUCAGAGAUUUUAGCUUUCCUCAAGCAGCCAAGGACGCAGGUCCUUGAAACGCGCAUCUCCCAAAGAGCCACCCCUCAUGUCGAGUUAACCUGUGCCUCGACAUGGACCGGUGAGGACGCAGUGGCAUCCUCCACUGUGUGCUUACCAGGGGCCGAAGGGACGAGCGACUCUCGAGAACCGCCGCAGGCCACGCUGCCUUGUCGCAGUGGCCGGCUGCAGAGAGCCAUAACCGAGAGGGCCUCGCUGCCCAUGCCUCCACGCCAGGCAAAAGGGGGAGGGAAGAAAAAAUAACCACACCAUAGGAUUUUUAGGGUUUUUUUUAAUGUGCCUGUCCUUUUAAUUCUUAGCCAUAAGGCCAUCGGUGGCAGAAUCCAACCAUUUCCUACAUUGGCUGACAUUGUAUUCUGGCUGACUAGAUUAGUCUUAACAUUUUGUAGUUUAUAUUUGCACUGUUAACGAUGUGUGCUGCUGGUAUUUGAAGAACAUUUGCCUCUGUUCUUUCACUUUAACUUCAUACGAGCAUUUUUUUACUCUGUGCCAGGCAUUCAUUGCUUUUCUUACAAAUACAAGUCAUUUCUUGAGGC